CCAAACCACAAUUUAUUAGACGAACACACAUUUGACAUGAUCAGGCCGUUUUUUUAUCGUUUUUGGUUAGUUAUGGCAAAGUUACGUCUGGGCUUUUGCAAUCCCAGAUGCUAGGAAGGGACACCGUGAGAGGUGGAUAAGUGGGGUUUGGUGAAUGCAGUUGCAUGAAAGCAAGGUGGACCAUCAUUUUGAACUGGGUCCCCCCUGUUCCGACAUCGGCAUUGGUUUGUUUUUGAACUGGUAAGUUUCACCCAAUGCCAUAGUUGGUGCCAUGGCGUUUGGAGUCCAUACCAUGUGGAUGAAGGAUGCUGAGCAAUCGAGAGAGUUUCGACGAGGUUUCAGUGAAGAUGAUUUAGCCGUGGCGUGUGAACAGAUUUUCCGCUCGAUGGAGAUGGAGCGCUUGCCAUUGUUCGAGUUACUGUGCGGCCUGGGUCACACCGAAAUGGAGGCGAGAGUGAUGGAGACGCAGUUGCUGCCGCUCCUCCCUUCCACCAAGGAUGGAACCGUGAGUUGUCAAGAGCUUCUGAAGUUUCUGGCAGGGAGCGCCAAGGACGAAGCCCUCCUGAGACUGGCGAGCGGCGGAGCUCCGUGAACGUUCCAGAAACCAGGUGGUCAGGUUCAGUAAAGAAGAUCCGCC